AUGUUGAGCGGCCUUCUGAGACGGUGGCACAGAGUGCUGGGCCUUUCCCGGCAAUCGCCCCCGUCGUGGUACCGAGACCGGCUGCGCGAGGAGCUUCGGGAACGCCGCGAGGCAACCGGCUUCUGGCCGAAGCUGAGCGAGACCUCAGACGUCUUCUUCUCCAUCAGUCGCGCCCGCCACGACGGCUUUCCGGUCUGUCACCUGCCACCCUUCUCCGCCUCCCGCCACGGCCACGUGUAUGCCUACAUGCUGGCCAAGUUUUCCAUGCGCUGGGCCUUUUACCGGACGGCGGCCUGGCUCUGCCGCUCGCCUGGGUACGCAUCGGUGCGCGAGGUGGUCAACCCCGCCAAGGAUGGCAAGCUGGAUGAGGUUGCUGCCCGCCAUGGAAUCAACCAGGCAGAGUUUGCGCGGCUCCGCGCCGAAGAGCGGUCAGCAAGAAACCGGGGAACUAAGGAUUAUUGGCAGACGAUUGAGUCUAACAUGUACGAACGUCUGGUACACACGCGUGGAAGCGCUUGUUUGCACGCCGAAAUAACAUCGCUGGUUGGCUACCCAGUCACUGUCGGCACUACCCAGUGA